CCCAGGCAGGGGAGAAGAUGGUCCAGUAUCACCCUGUGAGUUGGGUUGGAGGCAGCUUCUGCGGCAGAGGGGCUGGGCUCCGGUCCUCACCCCUCCCCCUGCCUCCCGAGGCCAGGCUGGCGCCGGCCAGGGGAGCCGCAGCUGGUCCCCUGCUGGGCCCCUGACCUGCCCUUGGCCUCUGCCCCGACCCCGUCCCGCCUCGGUGGAAGCCCCAGCUCAGCCGACUCGCAGGUCCCACCCGACUGCUUCGGCUAGCACCCGUUGGCUCACCGGCCCGCCGGGCCCGCCCCCGGAGCCCCGCCCCGGCCCGCCCCUCGGAGUUGUAACUCCACGUCCGAAGGCAGUUUCCAAGGUGGAAGCUGGGUCCGGCUGCCAGGAAGCGGCCGGUGCGCGGGCUGCGCGGGCUGCGCGGGGCUCGGCUUCCACGUGCGAGCCUGCACCGCCGCCCCGCCCUCUCCUGGCGGCCAGGCCUGGGGACUCUCUGCCCCGGGACGGCGCCUCGCGUUCCGCCGUGGCAGUGGCCGUGGCCAGAACGUCCACGCGCGGUCGUCCACCGCCGGAUCUCGCUCCAGCGCCCGUGGUCCAGCGUGUAGGGAGCCGAUCGCCCAUGGAGGGUCUGGGCCGCUCGUGCCUGUGGCUGCGUCGGGAGCUGUCGCCCCCGCGGCCGCGGCUCCUGCUCCUGGACUGCCGCAGCCGCGAGCUGUACGAGUCGGCGCGCAUCGGUGGGGCGCUGAGCGUGGCCCUGCCGGCGCUCCUGCUGCGCCGCCUGCGGAGGGGCAGCCUGUCGGUGCGCGCGCUCCUGCCUGGGCCGCCGCUGCAGCCGCCCCCGCCUGCCCCCGUGCUCCUGUACGACCAGGGCGGGGGCCGGCGCCGGCGCGGGGAGGCCGAGGCCGAGGCCGAGGAGUGGGAGGCCGAGUCGGUGCUGGGCACCCUGCUGCAGAAGCUGCGAGAGGAAGGCUACCUGGCCUACUACCUCCAGGGAGGCUUCAGCAGAUUCCAGGCCGAGUGCCCUCACCUGUGUGAGACCAGCCUUGGUGGCCGUGCCGGCUCCAGCAUGGCGCCGGUGCCCAGUCCAGUGCCUGUGGUGGGGUUGGGCAGCCUGUGCCUGGGCUCCGACUGCUCUGAUGCGGAAUCCGAGGCCGACCGCGACUCCAUGAGCUGUGGCCUGGAUUCGGAGGGUGCCACACCCCCACCAGUGGGGCUGCGGGCAUCCUUCCCUGUCCAGAUCCUGCCCAACCUCUAUCUGGGCAGUGCCCGGGAUUCCGCCAAUUUGGAAAGCCUGGCCAAACUGGGCAUCCGCUACAUCCUCAAUGUCACCCCCAACCUCCCAAACUUCUUCGAGAAGAAUGGUGACUUUCACUACAAGCAGAUCCCCAUCUCCGACCACUGGAGCCAGAACCUGUCGCAGUUCUUUCCGGAAGCCAUUGAGUUCAUUGAUGAGGCCUUGUCCCAGAACUGCGGGGUGCUCGUCCACUGCUUGGCGGGGGUCAGCCGUUCUGUCACCGUCACUGUGGCCUACCUCAUGCAGAAGCUCCACCUCUCUCUCAACGAUGCCUAUGACCUGGUCAAGAGGAAGAAGUCUAACAUCUCCCCCAACUUCAACUUCAUGGGGCAGUUGCUGGACUUUGAGCGCAGCUUGCGGCUGGAGGAACGCCACUCGCAGGAGCAGGGCAGUGGGGGGCAGGCAUCUGCGGCCUCCAACCCGCCCUCCUUCUUCACCACCCCCACCAGUGAUGGCGCCUUCGAGCUGGCCCCCACCUAGGGCCCCGUGGCCGGCAGGCCGGCCCCUGCCCCACCCCCACCCACGGGUGUCCCUGCCCACUCGUGUGGCAAGGGAGGGGAGGGCAGGAGGGCUCAGCCUGAGCAGGGUGCUGGGGGGAGAGCGCAAUACCUCACGCGGGCUGCCGUCCUAAUCAACGUGCCUAUGGCGGGACCAUGCUCGGAGCCUGCCUCUUCUGCGACUGUUACUUUUUCUUUGCGGGAUGGGGGUGGGGGUUCCCUCUCCAGGUGAUUGUCCAGGCCCAGGCCCCGGCCCUGGGUGCUCAGCCAGCUCGGCUAGGCCCUGCGCCUCCCUGCGCUUCCCCCUUCAGGAAGGGUGUGUGCCACCUCGUUGCCACAGGGACUGGAUCCCAGUCCCGCCCCUGUCCCCAAGUGGCUGCUUGGGGGAGAGGCGUUUGCCAUCACUGGUGUUGUCACCUCCCUGUUUCUCCACCAAGGGCUUGGUCCUCUCGGGGCUGGGGCCUCCCAGGGGAUGGGGACCCAGAGGUGCAGUGGCCGCCCACAUCCAUGGCCUAGGAGCUACUGGGCAGGUUCCCGGCCACACAUCUGGUGGGCUGUUUUUUUUUUUUUUUUCCCUCUUCCCCCAGAUGUCUUGACGGGAUCACUGGGGCUCUUUGUGAGUGAGGGUGGCCAAACUACCGCCGGAGGAGAUGGGGUCUCGGAGCGAGAGCUGCCGAGGGGGAGGGGAAGAAGAAGGCCUCACUUUUGCUGCUGCGGGGCCCACACAGCCGUUGCUACUUUGGGGGGUGGGGAAGGGGCCAAGCUGCAGACACACACAGUCAUUCAUUUCUGUCCACACCCCUGUGGGUGGCGGGUGUGCGUGUGUGCGCUUGUGUGUGCGCGCGUGUCGGCACUCACACACACAUGCUAGCCCACUGAUGCACCCAGCCCAGGGCUGGCAGUCUUUGCGGCGUGGGGCCAUCUCACCCUGGAGCCUGGAGAGGAUCUAUGCUUGUUUGUUUUUGUAAUCCAUAUCAUAGUUGCUUUCUUUAAUUGUUCCUUCUGAAUAAACAGUUUAUUUAAGAUACUGA